AUGGAUGAGCAACCUUCAACAGUAAAUAAUGAGUAUGACAACACAUCCACGUCAAACACAACUGAUCUCAGCAACUACUUUGACGAAACAGCAUGGAAGACAUGGAGCCUCAUACCUGCUUGCGCCAUUUUGAUUUUGUUCUGUUUCCUUGAGAAACGAGUGAAUUUGUGGCCAACUUGUUGCCAUGGGCGACCAGGCGUGGCCUUUCCAGUCAACCUGGUGGACAGCUACAACAACCGUUGGGCCUUUGCGUUUGCCUUCGGCAGCAUGUCGACUAUGCUCAUUCAAGCAGAUGGAAUUUUCCCAUUCACAGCCAAUGACAUUGAUCACACUAACAUCAUGUUACGAGGGACAGUCACGUUCUUCGCCAUUUUAAUCAAUGCUCUUGUCAUAAGCCUCGUGUUCUACCCGAUCCUGCUGUGCUUACAGACCCAAUGGAAACUACUGGGAAACAUCUUUGGUUUGCUGUACUCCAUCAUUUGGUUCGUUUUCUACAUCGGUAGCAUUAUAGUGAAAUCACUCGAUGUUGGACAGGACGACAACCGCUGCCCAAAGGAAAAAUUCCUUACAGUCUUGGCGAAACUUGCCUUAUUUGGAGGUGGAGCAACAUUUUUCCUCGCUUUGAUGAUUUGCUUCCUAGUUGGUCUGACGAAAGAAUUCAGGAAAGGAAUAAAACUGAUUGUGUUAAUGUGGCUGGACUUAUUUGGACGCCAGUUGAAAUUCUGUGAUAAAGUGGCUGUUCUGCCUGAAAUACGCAAAGCAUGGCCCGGUUUUAAUGAGGUUGUGGACAAAAGGGAAAUUACCGUUUGGAUAACGAGUGUCGUGGCCGUCAUUUUCACUGUAAUCCAUACCAUCGAUAUGCAGCUACGAUACAGGAAACACACUGUGAUGCUGUGGAAGGGUGACCGGUCAUUUGUCCCUGAAGGAAAACUGCCUUUCAGUACAACGUUGGUUGCAAGUUUAAGAUACUCUGGGUACAAUGUGGCAUUCACGAUGUGGGGUUUUGUGGUCAUGCAGCUUCUGCUGUGGGUCGUCCUGUCAAUCAUCAUUUUAUUUAAGGAUUUUGCUCUCAUUCUCCUUAAACAAUAUUGGUUGACUCUUGUUGUCACUUUUGCUUUCUACUACGCCCAAGUCUACAUCUCGCAAAUCGUCUUCCUCCAGAGGGCGCCAGACCAACAGGAGCAGUCUAUAUUUAGCUGCAGAAGGCAGACGUCUUUUGGUCUGGACAACAGACAUGUCUUUCACGUCACUGUAUACAUCUUGAUGUUUGUCAACUUCAUCCUUGGGAUGUUGAGCUGCUUUGUUCGUAUUUCGAAAGCCCUUCUUUUUGGAACCCUCUACAUCGGACGCUUGGACAGACUUCUGCUGAUGCGAGACUGGGAGACUUGGGACAAAGGUUACACGGCCUACGUCGGCUUCCUUCAGCUGGAGGUUGCCCACACCCACCCAGUCCUCGCCACCUUCUGUCAUUUCCUUCAGGAGACCGUGAAGACUGACCAAGCUUCAUCGCAGAAAUACACAACCAACGAGUUGGUGUCUAUUGUCAAUGCACAGAUAGAGAAUGGAUACGAUGUGCCAGAAACAACCAAUGGUAGAUGCUACUCUCCUGGAGAGCCCUCUAGCGGUCAG